CAUGUUACCUGAUAAUUAGUUUAGCCAGACUACAUUUCCCGUGUGCUGACAAAACAAGUACUUCCUGUGUUUUUCUUCUUCGACAAAUGGGAGUGUAGUUGAAUUUGGUGUUUUUCCAGACCAGUUUGGUCUUUUCUUCAUUAAACAUUUAAGUUGAUUUUGGCAAUAAAGUAUGUUGGUUUUUUCCUAAUAUAUGGAUAAAUCUCUAAAACGUUGUUGGUCUCUGAAUCGUCUGUGGUGUUAAAUAUUGUCUAUUGGCCUCAGUAUAAUUGUAUCCCAGAUUCUGUGGAAGGCCAAAUAUGGAUAAGCGAUGCUAUGGUUGUGCUUCAAAGUUCACUCUCUUCAAAAAAGAGUUGGGCUGCAAAAACUGUGGACGCUCGUUUUGUUCAGGAUGUCUAAUGUUCAGUGCUUUGGUGCCACGCUACGGUAACACUCAACAAAAAGUGUGCAAGCAGUGCCAUGGAAAUUUAACAAGUGGUGGAAAACAGAAUGAUGCAUCAAGAUGGUCACCACCUGAAAACUAUAAAAAACGGGUCGCUGCCUUUGAAGCCAAACAGACUCAAAAGUCUCAACAGUCUCAAAAUGCAAGGGGAGCGAAUAAUAUACCAUCGUUCAUUUCAACAAGAGGUCUUAGUAAGGAGGACCAAGCAAUUGCACAAAGACUCCAGAAGCUGAAAGAGGAAACCAAACCAAAGUCAAUACCGUCUGAGAAAGAGAUAGAGUCUCGUCUUGCUGCACUGAAAGCUCCAGAUCAGCCAGUGCUUUCAACUCGAGAUAUGGAAGAACGUUUGGCUGUUUUACAAGGAAGACCACCUCCUUCUCAAGCUCCUCCCUCAGUUCACCAGCGGCCUGACACUAGGACUCAAACCGAACAGGCCAAUGACUUGAUCACGCAGAUGACAGAGGAAGUUGCCAUUGACAGAUCACAGUGCCCCGAUGCUGAUGACUCUGAAAGUCCAGUCACACCCCUAAACGAUCUGAACAAGCAAGCAAGCGGGACAGUGGAGGACAAUUUGGACGAUGAGCAGCUGUCACUCAAGCAGAUAGAGGACGAAAAGAGCCGUUUGCUGACAGAGGCUAUGGAUGAGUUGAAACGAGAGAAAAACAACCAAGAGCAGCUUCUUCAGGUAGCCAAGAGACUGUCUGUGCUCCAGGGACGAGACCCAGACAAAGUAACUAUCAAAGACUUAAAUCAACCUGACAGUGAUGAUGAGACUGAGGAGGAAGCAAUCGGCAGGAUUUUAAAAAGAAUCUCAGAAGAAACAGCUUUAGAUGAAGCCAGUGGUUAUAACAUCCCUCCAGAGCACAGUGGCCAAGAAAAGAAAGUAAAUCCCAAUUCCAAUAAAAAGCAGUCAUCUAAACCAAAGCCUCCUGCUGUCUCUGUGCACUGGGGUGCUGUGCAUGAUGAGGGUGAUGAUGAUGAGGAAGAAGACGAGCUGCCCUGGUGCUGUAUCUGUAAUCAGGAUGCCACCAUUCGGUGCCACACGUGUGACCAGGACCUGUACUGCAACCGGUGCUUUAGGGAAGGCCAUGAUGAAUAUGAUCGAAAAGAACACCGCACAUCCAGUUACACAGCCCCUAAGAAAAGCAAGAAGACGAAAGGUUCCUUAAAGCGAAGCUAAAGUGUGUCAUGAGCGACCCACAUGGUCGCAAUUGAUCACUUUCCCGGAAGCAAUGAGGAAAGCAUGAGGCCAGCCGUUGCACAUCAGCCUUUACCACAAGCUCAGGAUUGAACCAGAGACCCUGAAGCUGUGAGGCAUCAGCAGUUCACUCUACACCAACAAGCUGCCCUAGAAAUGUAUAAUAUACACCUUAAUUAAGGUUUGCGGGUCCUUCCUUAACAUGAAUAACAUCUUUACACACUCAUGGCUUCUGGACAGUUAUUUUCUCUAAACAUUCAGCUGAAUAUUUUGCCAUGCCUCUUGUAAAACUUGCCAGAGGUCUUCUUUGCUAGUUGAAUAUUACUUUCUGACAAUGCGAUCCAGUUUAUCUGAGAGCGGUUUAAUGGUAUGCAGGUGUGGACAGGCCAUUCCAUGAUAGAUAACACUCCAGCUGACUGUUUGCUUUGUAAGUGACACUUCUAGUGUGAGGCAGUCUGGUCAUUUCUGUUAGAGUAAAAAAUGUUUUCAAGUCA